AUGUUGUUUGCCCGGCUGCUUCAGCAAGCCAGCCCUGUACCAGAAGGAUUAGUGUCCUUGAACGCGCAAGCAGAAGCUGCAAACCACGAGCAGUCUCUACCCAGAACUCAUUCUGGACCACAUCAAAGAUCUCCUUCUUUCCCCGGCAGUGAUGCGGAUCUCAAGGCCUUUGUUGACGAUUUUGAAGCAGGAGGGGAAACCGAGCUGGAAGAGGAGCAAACGCCAGAGGAGACUCAUGAGUUAAUUCUGCUGCAGCAGCUUCUGCCUGAUUUGCUCCAGUCAAAUCGAGUAAAAGAGGCAGAAGAUGUUGUUUGCCGCUUUGUCGAUAGAAAUCCCCGAAAUGCAGAUGGGUUUGCGCUCCUCGCUGAAGUGUACUCGCAUCAAAACAUGCUGGCUGCGGCAUGCGAGAGUCUUUGGGGAGCAGUACAUAACUCUCCCGGCAAUCGCAUGCUGCUGCGUCUGCUGCACAGCACAGAAGAGCGGUUUGUUCUGCAGCAGUGCCAGCUGCCUUUGUCAUUUCUUGUGAAGACCCUAGUAGUGCCACGCCCCCCGGAGGAGUCAACCUCUCAAGAUAUCCGUGAAUCCAUUUGUAGCAAAGAAGGCGCUCCAGUGGUAGUUUUCCGUCAAGGCAGUCAUGUUACCACCCUCGCGAACAGGAAUCUUGAGCCUGGGGACGUUGUGUUUCGUCAGAGGCCGUUUGUGCUGACCCCUUUGAUACUUGAAUCUGGGCAGAUUUACACCAGUUGUUUUCACUGCCUGCGCAGUCGAAACGAUCCGGAUACAGGUUUCUCGUGUCCAAUUAGUCCUCACACCUGCCCUUUCGUCUUCUGCUCUUGGCAAUGCCUAAUGCGCAACAGCCGCAUCCACGCCGUCGAAUGCCGGGCCAUUCCUGUGUUGCUUGCAGCAGCCAAGGAAGCUCAGUUCAGCGCUACAACUGUGCUGCACCUAUUUCGAACACUCGUUAAGGCAGGGCUGGAACGGCAAAGCAGAAUGAGUGCGCAGCAGGAUAUGCAGAGGCCUCCAGGAGACAUUGUGGAACAGCUGUUAGCACUGAACUCUUACCAGGCAGCGGUCGCUAGGGGUCAACCUGAACUUUACAAACAGCUAGUCGUCCUCGCACGCCGGCUGCAGCGAGAGUUUCCCGAAUAUAUGCUGCUUUUCUUGAGGGAAGAAGAACUAAUUGAUCUUAUUUUAAAUAUAUGGCAGUACUCCCCCUUGCUGGCUUGUCCCUCUGUUCCAUCAGCCGCCGAAGGACGAAACCCGGACGGAGCCAUAGGCCAGAUUCUGGCUCCGGCAGUUUCGCUGUUACUGCACAGUUGCAUUCCUACUUGUGUCUUAUGCUUAGAAGAGGACGGACAAGUUGCUGUUAAAGCCCUCACCUUCAUUCCCAUAGGCGGUUCUCUCUCUAUUUCUCUUGAGGAGGACCUGUACAAAUCUCAAAGAGACCGUAAGCACAUCAUGUCACGCCCAAGGGUCUUUGGAUGUGGGUGCAUCAGGUGUGUCGAUAUUUCAGAAGGAGGCAGACUAUUACGAGGCAUUCGAUGUUUCAGCUGCGUAAGAGGCUUCCUGUGUCCCCACAAAAGUCGUUCGCUCUCUUCUCGGCUAGUUGCCUACAGCACUGCCUCAGCUGCCUCUGGGCUUAGCAAAGUGAGCAGCCUUGAAUAUUCAAGAGACCCCGAGGCAAGAGAAGAAAAAACUCGAGAAAAGAUGAUUUCUGCUGGGUUCAACUGCAUCGGCGCAGGCUUUGGAACUAAACGGGAAGCUGGUGAUCCUGCUCUGGUUGAGGAGCAAUGGCUCUGCAGCAGCUGUGGCUUGGACUCUACAGCUGCUAGUCAGCGCUGCCACGUGCUUGAAAGUGAAGCAGAGCAACAGCAGGCUGCAGCCGAAAAAUACCUUGUCGCAGGGGCCUACAUACAGGCCCGCAAAGAAUAUACGUCGCUAGUGCGUCAGUAUAGCACCCUCCUUCAUCCCCAGCAUGCGGUGCUAUUCAACUCCUACACUGUUCUUGCGGGUCUCCUCAGCUCUGAUCCGGCGGCAGAUGCGCCCAAGGCAAGCAGCUAA